AUGGCGUCCAAAGAUGACAAGGCGUACAAGUACCGCCAGGAGAUCAGUCAGCUUCGAAAUUGCACUGAGCUUGCAGCCCGUCGCGGCGCCCGAGCCAUUACGAUCAACGAUCUGAUCUUCCAAAUUCGACACGACCAAGCCAAGGUCUCUCGUUUGCGGACUUUCCUCUCUUGGAAGGAUGUCAGAAAAAACGUCAAGGAUUCAGACGACAAGGGUGGUGAAGCUGAUCUUGGUGCUGGCGAAGACCCUGUUGGAGGCGUGGUUCCUGGCGGUCCCGUUGACGAUGCUACCAAGAAGAACAAGAAGGCCAAGGUCGGCCUCCCUUGGGAGCCCUCGUCGUUCUACAGUCAAGAAGUCCCCGAGCGCGAUGACGAGGAGGACGAAGAGGAGGAAGAAAUGAACUUCAUCACCCUCCAGCGUCUCCGCAAGGCCGAUGAGCGCACCAAGGCCAUGACGAAGGAGGAGUAUGUGACUUGGUCCGAAUACCGCCAGGCCUCUUUCACUUACCGCAAGGGCAAGCGAUUCCGCGAGUGGGCUGGUUUUGGCAUCGUUACAGACAGCAAGCCCUCCGAUGAUAUCGUCGAUAUCCUGGGCUUCUUGACUUUCGAGAUGGUGCAGACGCUGACCGAGCACGCGCUCAAGGUCAAGGAACAGGAGGAUCUGUUCAAGGCUCAGAGCGGCGGCGAGAACGCCGGAUCGAAGAAGCGAAAGGUGGCAACUGGGUUGUUCGACCCGCCCAGUGAGGGUAGAAGCCCCAUUGAGCCUCGCCAUGUUCAGGAGGCCUUCCGACGCCUUCAGCAGCGCCCCAAGAAGACCCGAGCUAUGCUCAACGGAACGAGACUGCCGCAACACACUGCUCUCAAUAUCUUUUAA